GCUUGCCCUUUAAGCGGCGGGACUUCUGGUCAACGUCUUCCGUGGCCGCCGGAAGGGGAAGUUUGCCUUCGAACGCUCCCUCGCUCGUCCGAAUUCGGUGGCGCCACGUCCGCCCAUCUCCGCCUUUUUAUCCGCGGCUUGGGCGGCUUCCGCCUCGACACCUUCCACUCGCGGAGCGGGCCGGGUCCUGAGGGGCCAGGGACGGGGAGUGGGACGGCUGUGCCUGUUCUGGCCACUUAAAAGGCGAAGAUGUCGGACAUCGGGGACUGGUUCAGGAGCAUCCCGGCCAUCACGCGCUAUUGGUUCGCCGCCACUGUCGCGGUGCCCUUGGUUGGCAAACUCGGUCUCAUCAGCCCGGCCUACUUCUUCCUCUGGCCCGAAGCCUUCCUCUAUCGCUUCCAGGUUUGGAGGCCAAUCACUGCCACCUUUUAUUUCCCUGUGGGCCCAGGAACUGGAUUUCUUUAUUUGGUCAAUUUAUAUUUCUUAUAUCAGUAUUCGACACGACUUGAAACAGGAGCUUUUGAUGGGAGGCCGGCAGACUAUUUAUUCAUGCUCCUCUUUAACUGGAUUUGCAUCGUGAUUACUGGCUUAGCAAUGGAUAUGCAGUUGCUGAUGAUUCCUCUGAUCAUGUCAGUCCUUUAUGUCUGGGCCCAGCUGAACAGAGACAUGAUUGUAUCAUUUUGGUUUGGAACACGAUUUAAGGCCUGUUAUUUACCUUGGGUUAUCCUCGGAUUCAACUAUAUCAUCGGAGGCUCGGUAAUCAAUGAGCUCAUUGGAAAUCUUGUUGGACAUCUUUAUUUCUUCCUAAUGUUCAGAUACCCAAUGGACUUGGGAGGAAGAAAUUUUCUCUCCACACCUCAGUUUUUGUACCGCUGGCUGCCCAGCAGGAGAGGAGGGGUGUCGGGAUUCGGCGUGCCCCCCGCUAGCAUGAGGCGAGCUGCGGACCAGAAUGGCGGUGGAGGCGGGAGACACAACUGGGGACAGGGCUUUCGGCUUGGGGACCAGUGAAGGAGUGGCCUCGGGCCGGCCCACCAGCCACUCGAUGCGGAUGAAGUUUCCUCCCAGUGCUGGGUGUGCUUAACAGCCGAGUUCUAGCAAACGCUGUUGGACCGACCCACACUGAAUGUAGUCUUUCAGUACAAGACACAAUUUUUUAAAUCCUGAAGAAAAAUAUAAGUGUUCCUCAAGUUUCGUGAUUCUCAUUCAAGUCCUUACUGCUACGAAGAACAAAUAUCAACUGUGCAAAUUUCAGAACUGACUAUAUUUUUUUGGUGUCUUCUCUUCCUUUUCCGUCUGAAUAAUGGGUUUUGGCAGGUCCCGGUCUGCUGACACCAAGCUGGGCAUGUUGGGUUGGGUCACCAAACCCUUGAUAAAGGGCCUUUUACCUCUUUCUCGCACACGCCUCCCUCCUUCCUCUCCCAGCCCCCGCAUUUGCAGCUAGAGGAGGUUGCCCAUAAAAUGGUUCUGCCAGUGAUAAGCUCUCUUAUUUAUUGACUUCUGCCAAGGCUUGGUCACAAAGAACUUGUCCACCAUGUCCCCCCCACCCUUUGGUGGCAGAACUCUUAACAAUAGGGGAGAAGACUGCACCAGCCGAUGGAGAGCUUCGUCAGCUUUUGGAAUUGCUGUGACCUGGUGUCGGGUACAACCAUUUGCCACCUCUGCAGAUGCUUCUUAUAUUAAAAAAAAAAAGCACCACUUUGUCAGCAAGGGCCACAGACCGGUGUCAGUGAGGCAUGAGGUGGUUGCUAGGCAUUUUUUUCCUUAAGUGAAGUGAUGAAAACUACAGUGGAGUUGCAGGGGGGCCAGCUGCGAACUGUGGUGGGCAUAAUCCCUUUGCAUCUCGUGUAGGACAUACUGGUUUUGUGUGGACCCACAGUAGUUUGGGUUGUGUUCUUCUAGAAAGUUCCAAAUCACAUUUGCCACAGGGAGUUGCUCUCUUUGAGAGACACCUGGGCAUUGAUCAGAUUUCAUUUUCAUUUUCCUUCUAGAUAUAUGUUCAUUGAAUAGUGUGGAGAGGGGAACCCUAUACCCUAUUUAAAUUUUCUCCCCCCCCCUUUUAAUGGCCACAUGCUUUGAUUAGUCGUGAGGAAGGUGCAGAGAUCAUAUCCUAAGAGCCAAUACAGGCACAUCUAGGUGGAUCCCAUAACUUGGGGUUGUAAUGGCUUUCGAAUCAUUUGUGUUUGACGUUCUUUAUUUUGAGCCACGGAUGUGUAAGUCAGGAAUGUGCAUCAAAGACCAGCGUCAAAACCCACAACUUCUUUUUCAUAGGUGGGCUGCUUCCAUCAGAGCUAGGCUUAUCCCCCAAUAAAGCUCUUUGAAGGCUUUGGUGUUUCAGUUUCUUAUUUUACGUUUUCAGACUGAAAGCAGCCUGCCAGGAGCAGUGUUGAGUGGGCGCCGUACUUGGAGUCUGCUAGAAGGGCUUUGAACAUUUUGACUGGUUUCUUCUCAGGAAACUCUGUGCUCUAACAGUAUGCCCCUAUUUUGCCCCCCACCCCUCAAGCGGUAGAGAUGUGUGUUCUACCAGGAACUGGGGAUUUGAAAACAGCUUCUUUUUAAUAAAAGUUUGUGUGUACCUCUCCAUAUUUAAUUUAUAUGAUCAAAUAGGAGGCAGAGAGAAUCCGAACCGUUAACUGUCGUAUGUUUUUGUUGUUGACCUGUGGCCACAAUAAAAUUUACUUGUAAACUUUUAGAAGCCAUUUUUCCUACGAUGUCGCAUGUGCACUCAUUGUACAGGGGCAGAAACUGACUAUGUGUAAGAAGGUUCUCGUGGUAAGUGAGCUCGUCGCUCUUGUAUGCCCUUAAUGCCUCACCUGCCUCCCAGCAGUAGUUUUGGUAAAGGUUACAAGUAUUCUGUAGAAUACCUCUGUUCAAGGCCAAAUGUUUAUUAAAUUCUUCUCAAACACAUUUAGGGAGCUGAUAAUUUUGUCUGGAUGACCUGUCUUUUUGAAAUAAUUUUAGCUAAGUGAGUUAUUUGAGAUUUGAUUUGGGGAGGCAAGACAUGCCAGUAGAUUCUCUUACUGAGUGAAAUAAAAAUCCCUAUUUUGUAUAAAGAACUUCCCCUUUUGUAACUAAGCCUUUUUCUUGGUAAAAUUGUAAAUUAAAAUGUACAACA